CUAUCGAGCAUGCUCGGGUAGAUUGGGCAUACGAUGGACGACAUCACGCAUGUUAAGCCUGCUAGUAUAAAUACUGGCAGUCCGGCAGAGCCGGCUCCUAUCGAUGAACAGGACGUAGAGCCGCUCGACGUUCUCGAACCUCCGAAAGUCCGCACAAAGCUGCGUAUCUACACCCUCCUAGUCGCGCUCUACCUCACCCUUUUUGUUGCGGCGUUGGACCAGACCAUCGUAGCAACGUCCAUCCCCUCGAUCUCCGCCGCCUUGCACUCCGCUUCCGGCUACGUCUGGAUCGGCGGCGCGUAUGUGCUAGCCAACGUGGCCGCGGGGCCGAUCUGGGCGAAAUGCAGCGACAUCUGGGGCCGCAAACCUGCCCUCUUAGGGGCUGUCGGCGUCUUCGCCGUCGCUAGCAUCAUUGCGGCGUUAAGCACGAACGUGCAGAUGCUAAUUGCCGCUCGAGCGCUGCAGGGCGCCGCUGGUGGAGGGCUGCUCCAGCUGGUGACUAUUACCAUCUCGGACCUCUUCGACAUGCGGAGCCGAGCCUUGUAUCUGGGCUUCCUCGGCGUGAUGUGGGCGCUCGCCGGAUGCGCCGGACCGCUGAUUGGAGGGGCGUUCACCCAGCUCGUAAGCUGGCGGUGGUGCUUCUGGAUUAAUCUGCCGGUCUGCGGCGCUUCGUUCUUGCUCUUGCUGCUCUUCUUGGACGUCCACGAUCCUCAUACUAAGCUGCGCGACGGCUUGGUGGCUAUCGACUGGUUCGGCACCUUCUCCAUUUUGGGAGUUACUCUCCUACUUCUCCUCGGGCUAGACUUCGGCGGCGCGAUCUUCCCGUGGGACAGCCCGAAAGUCAUCUGCUUGAUUGUAUUUGGGAUCGCGAUGAUCGGCUUCUUCAUCCUAAGCGAGCAGCACCUAGCCAAGUAUCCCCUGAUUCCGCUAGGAAUAUUCAAGGAUUGGUCUAAUAUCGCGACCUUCCUUCUCGCCUUCGCGCAUAGCAUGGUCGCUAUCGGCGCGGAGUAUUAUCUACCGUUGUAUUUCCAAAGCGCAAAGCAGGCAUCGCCCGUCCGCAGCGGUCUUCUAAUACUGCCGAUGAUGAUAACGGAAUCGGCUGUAGACGUAUUGGUCGGCGUCUUGAUCCAUCGCACGGGCCGCUACAGGGAAAUCAUAUGGGCCGGGGCAACGCUCAUGACGUUGGGGACGGGGCUGUAUAUUAAUUUCCGGUCGGAUACGUCUCUCGGAGAAAUCAUCGGGUACCAAAUCGUCAGCGGCGUCGGCACUGCACUUCUGUUCCAAGCACCCAUGAUCGCCAUUCAAAACACUGUCAGCCAGGCUGAUACCGCGUCGGCUACGUCGGCCUUAGGCUUCAUCCGCAACUUAGCGACAUCGUUAUCCAUCGUUAUCGGCGGCGUGGUAUUCCAGAACAGCAUGGCUAAUCGCCAAUCGUCCCUCGCGGCGGCUGGUCUCGGCGGGUCUAUUCUAGAGGCUCUAUCGGGCGAUCAAGCAGCAGCAAACGUCGAGAUCGUCCAGGCCAUCCAAGAUGCAGCUCAGCGCCAGGCGGUGCUAGAUGCCUUCUCGUGGAGUAUAAGGAACAUGUUCAUACUAUAUACCAGCGUAUCCGCCCUUACGGUGGUGGCGAGCGUUUUCGUUAAACAUCGACAGCUGAGGACGGGGCACACGGAGACGAAGACGGGGAUCCAAGAGUUGACGGAGCGGAAGACCUGAGUGUUAAAGUCACUCCUAACGGGAAUUAUCACCUUAUGGGUACGCUAGAAUCAGUACUCCUUCUCCCGUCUCCCUGAAGCUGAUUCGGGUCAUAUCAUCUUUCACAGCUCAAGACGAGAAAGGUAGAAGGUAGCGAUAGGCGCCAAUGACUUUCAUAGGCUUGGUCGUGGCUAUCUUCUAUUAGAGCAAUAUGGAUACACUUUAACAUAAGGCUUCGGCGCCAGAAAUUCAAAUCAAGUCGAGUCUUCUAAGGGUCCCUAGGUAGUUAUAGCUAAGCUGCCAGGGAUGAACGCUUCUGGACGGCAUUGACUUUGCUCAGGCUGCUUCGUGAGUAUCUCACUCAUAUUAUCGGUUACUUUCCUCCAUCCCUUUUUUCGUUUUCUAUAAACGAAUCAUUUUAAUUUUGCUAUCUUGCAUUUAGCCUACCCUAUCAAAACAUGGGGAAAGCCUAGGGUUUCUCCCUGGACGCUGGGUUAACAUAUUUUCCCCUGAAUAGUAGGCAGAAAGGGGCGUUUAUGUUUUUAUAACAAUACCCAUCU